AUGUAUUAUGAACUAUUUGCUAUUGCACGUAUAACGGAUCCGAUAAAACCAUCAAAAGAAGCACAAAAAAUUGCAUCAACAGUUGGGAAAUUAAUCUUAAAUAAUAGAGGUAUUAUACGUGAUAUAACAAGUAUUGGUAAAAGACCAUUACCUAAAAUAAUAUCAAAAGAUCAAGAAAGACAUUUUCAAGGUUUUAAUUUUAUAAUGGGAUUUGAUUCAAGUUCAAGAGUACAGGAACAAUUAUUAAGAACAUUAAGAAAUGAUCCUAGAAUAUUAAGAGCUGGUAUAAAGAAACAUACAUUAGAUCAUAACUUAAAUCCUGGAAGUUCAAUUGAGAAAGCAUUAAAUGCAAUACCAAAAUAG